UUUAACACACAUUUUAACAUAUCGCGGCUCUGCCGGGCGGGAGACACUCGCCAUUGUGAUUGGGUGUCAUAUGACAUCCUGUCAAAAUGAGCCGCUUCCACGGCCACGGGGCCACGUGUCUGUGCAUUCUGUCACCUGCUGUGUCCACGGGACACAGCCGAUCACAUAUCACUACACCGGCCCGUUGCCAGUGUCAUGUGACCAAUCACAGCAGAUCCCAUAUCAAUUGUAUACAAUGGAUGGCUUCCUGUCAUGCCAUUCAUUGUAUACAAUUGUGUUGUUAGCUGUGCUUGGUCAAGGCAGUCACAUGAUACAGACAGGGCCAAUCACAGCCAAUCUGUAUCAUGUGAUCAGAUUUGCCCAAUCACAGCUAGACUAAAGACUGA